AUGAGCCCGCAAUCUCAACGAACAACGAGGGAUGGCGUUGCCUUCACGGACGUACCCCUAGAUGGCAGCCUUCCCAUCCCAGCUGCCGUCGACUUUCACCGCGAGCACAACCCUGAUGCAACUUGUUUCUCGUGCGCCGAGCCCGAUGGCAACGUCCACGAGAUCACCUACGGCGACUUUGGGCGCGCUAUACAUCGGGUGGCACAUGCGCUACGACCUGGGAAACAAGGCGAAGACGGCGCCGUUGUCGGAAUCGUAGCUCUUUCCGAUACGGUGCUCUACCAUGCUGUUACCAUGGGUCUGAUUAGGGCCGGACUUGUGGCAAGUCCUCCCUUCCCUAUCUCGCCUCGCCUCGCCGCCCCCGCAGUCGCGAACCUCCUGCGCACCUCGGGCUGCCGGCGCCUCGUCGCCACGCAGCAGACCCUGCACACGCUCAUAAGCGACCUCAAGGCCGAGCUGGGUGAGGAGUAUGGCCUGAUUAUCGAUGAAAUGCCCCCGCUAGGCGCCGUGUAUCCUUACUUCGCUGCGGAGAAGGCCAAACACGAGAAGUUCGAACCUUAUCCAGACUUCAAGGCAAAGCCGGAUGACCUGCUCUUCUAUAUCCACUCGUCUGGGAGCACGGGAUUCCCGAAGGCCGUUGGGCAGACACAGGCGAACGUGCAGGGAUGGACGAGGCUCGCGACUAUCACCGACAUCCACCGCUUCGAGCCCCGCCCGCGGUUCGCGUCGCAUAUUUUGCCACCGUUCCACGGAUUGGCAUUCUGGGCGCAUGUCCUCGUACCACUUUUUGGUGGUGCGGAGGUUGCGCUGUUUGCGCCAACGGUCAAGACACCUACAGAAGUCCCUAUACCACCGACGCCUGAAGCACACCUCGCUGCAGCGCGCGCGAGCGGUUCGACUGCGAUCGUCACUGUACCAGCGUACGUGCAUCAGUGGGCGGAUAUGCCAAGCGCGUUGGAGUAUCUGAAGAGUCUGCAAGUCUUGAUCUACUGCGGCGGACCCCUCAGCGACGCCCUCGGAGACAACCUAUCCGCUUCUGGCAUCAAGCUCAGGUCCAUCCUCGGCGCGACCGAGUUCGGUAUCCCCUCCCACCUCAUGCCGACGCAAGAGGAGGAUUGGAAGGAGUGGUGUUGGGUAGAGCUGGAUGCGAAUGCGUCGCUGGACUGGGAGAAGCAGGAUGAUGGAACUGAGGAGCUGAUUAUACCAGCAGAGGAUGACCACUGGCACAAGCCUGCGGUGCUCAAUAUGACGGGUCGCCGGGCUUAUGCGACGAACGAUUUGUACUUGCCUCAUCCGACGAAGCCGCACUUGCGGAAGGUUGUGGGCCGGAAGGACGAUGUCAUCGUACACUCGACGGGCGAGAAGACCGUGCCCGUGCCCAUUGAAGGUAUGAUUCUGACCAGUCCACUCGUCGCCGCCGCGGUAAUGUUCGGUCGCGGAAAGGACGAAGCGGGCAUUCUCAUCGAACCAUCUGCGGGACACAAGAUCGACGUCAAGGACAACGUGCAGGUGGCGGCUUUCCGGAAUUCCGUUUGGCUCAUUGUCGAAGAAGCAAACAAGGUCGCUCCGGCCUACAGUCGUAUCUUCAAGGAACUCAUCCUCGUUGCGCACCCGGAUCGGCCCCUCCCUCGGACUGACAAGGGCACAGUGGUUCGCAAACUGGCGCUGAAGGUAUAUGAAGAGGAGAUUGAGAAUAUCUACAAGGCUUUGGAGAGCGUUGAGCAGGGUGACGACCUAGACGCAAACCCUCCUUCAAGCUGGGACGCGCCUACUAUCGCGGACUGGAUUGCCCGGCACGUUCGCAAUAUCACAGGCCGUGACAUGGACCGCCAUGUGGACCUCUUUGAGCAGGGCUUCGAUAGCCUGAACAGCACCAUCCUCCGCAGAAGGCUAAUCAGUGCACUCAAGUCAGACCCAUCCACCGUCUUUGCUGCGACAGAAAUUAGGCAGAACGUGGUCUAUGAACAUCCAUCGAUCAAGAAACUCGCCACCAUUGUCAGCAAGUUGGCGCGGGGAGAGACUGGCUACAUUGUGUCCAGUGAAGCAAGCGCGAAGGAGGCCGUCGUGCGUAUGGCGGCGAAGCAUAGCGAGGGGCUUCCUGGGUAUGUUGACGCGUCAACCUUGCCGAAGUAUGUUCCUGCGGACGUCGCGGAAGCGCCCCUUUUGCCUACCGUUGUUCUGAUGACUGGGACGACGGGCAACCUCGGCGCAGACAUCUUAACGCAGCUGUUGCAAGACGAGCGCGUCAGUCGUGUGUACACCAUCGAACGCGUGGGCUCAGCUCCAGCAGCACAUCGACAGCGUACGCGCUUCGAGGACAAGGGCUUGGACAUAGGGCUUCUAGAGUCGCAGAAGCUGCUCUCCCUCGAAGGGGAUGUGUGCGCGGUUAAUUUUGGCCAAAGUGAUGCAGUUUACGCCGAGAUGCUCAACACAGUCAACAUGAUCUUCCACGUCGCCUGGCGCCUCGACUUCAACCUCAAUAUCAGCGCCUUCGAACAUAGCGUCCGCAGCACGCGCGCCCUCGUCGACUUCGCCCGGUAUUCAGUGUACGCAGGCAACCUUCGGUUCAUCUUCACGAACUCCAUCGGCUCGGCAUGGUCCUGGGAUUCUGCUACGCAAGGACCAGUGCCCGAGCAACUCAUCGAGGACCCGGGAGUCGCAGUCGGCGGUGGAGGAUACGGCCAAGCCAAGUACGCCGCGGAGCGCGUGCUGGCAGCGAGCGGGAUACGAUUCUGCUCGGUGCGCGUCGGCCAGAUCUCAGGCGAUGCGCCGCGCGGGUCGUGGGCGACGACGGACUGGUUCCCGAUCCUGGUGAAGACGAGCGUAGCGCUAGGUGUGCUGCCGAGUGAUGAGCAGGAGGUUACAUGGGUGCCGUCCACUGCUGUCGCAGCCACUCUCAUCAACGCUGCUUUCUUCGAAAAUGGGCUGGCCCCGUCGCACAAUAUUGUCCAUCCGCGACCCGUGCAAUGGAAUCGAAUCAUCGAGGACGUGCAACGCUCGAUGAAAAGCCAACUUGGCCGAGACGUACCCAUCAUUUCCUUCCAGGAGUGGUUUGCAAAGUUGGAAGCGACGGCGGCUCGUACAGACGUGGAUGUGCAAGAAGUGCCUGGAGUGAAGCUGCUAGACUUCUACCGAGAGAUGAGCUUAGGGCACGGGCUCGGAGACUUUGCGACGGACAAGAUGGCAGCGGUCAGCAAGACAUUGCGCGACUUACAACCUCUGGAUCAGAAGGACGCCGAUGCUUGGGUGAAGUACUGGUGCGACAAACAGAUGUUGGCAUGA